UGAUCACAUCAGGGAAGUGAACUGUGAAACUUGACGCGGCUGUAAAAGAGGGAGUUGUUCUCUCUACAGCCGCUGAUUCAGUGAACAAUGUCCAGUUUAAGUUACCCUGGCUAGUUUAUUGUUAUCAGGGGCUAAGAAAAAGGUCUGUAAGGGUGAAGUUUGAAGGUAGACAAUUACGACACCGAGCUUCCUGAACAGAACCAACCUUGAGGUAGUCGACACCAACAGCACCAGAGGACGCCGAAGGUGAAAAAUUAAAGUCCACGAUAAGGUUAACAAGCUCUUCAACGUGUUAAGCUAUUGUUAAAAAAGAGCUCGGGUCAACUUUUACUCUAACUUGACGGACUUUUAAAGAUGUCUCUACUCGACCAGAGCCAGCAAUGGCUUCCAACAAGUGUGGUGGUAACGGUGCACCAGGCUCGGAACCUGCGGACCAAGGGCAAGAAUGGCACCAACGACGCCUACGCCAUCAUCCAGGUGGCCAAAGAGAAGUUCUCCACCUCGGUGUCGGAGAAAUGUGUCGCUCCGGUGUGGAAGGAGGAGGCUUCGUUUGACCUGCCGCUCUUCCAUCCGGGAAACGUCGAGCGCUGUACGCUGUACAUCGUAGUCAUGCACCGUGCCCAGGUGGGACUGGACAAGUUCUUGGGUCAGGCCGUGGUAAACCUGCUGGAACAUCAUGACGAUAAGUCCCGCAAGAAGACCGACUGGUACAAGCUGGUGGACAAGUCUGGAAAGGAGGACAAGGUGCGAGGGGAGGUGCUCCUAGACAUCAAGUUUAUGAGAAACAACAUGUCAGUGAGCAUGUUUGACCUUUCGAUGCAGGACAAGCCGCGUUCUCGCAUCUCUAAGCUGAAGGACAAAGUCCGUGGAAAAAAGAAUGAGGGCUCCUCAGACUCUGUUUCAGCUAUCGUUCCACCUGUCAGCCAGGUGCUGACAGACAGUGAGGAAGAAGCUGAUGCGCAGUCACUUAAUCACUCCUCUGGCGAAAAGAAGAAAUCAAAAAUCAAAAAUAUUUUUGCCUCUAAAUCAAACUUGCAGCGUAACAUGUCCCAGUCGAUGUCCACACUUGGGACGCUCCCUGAAAAGAACUCAUCCCUCUCUGCCAGCCGCUCAUCUGGUCUCAAUGUAGAUUCCACUGAAGGAAAAAAGAAAUUCAGACUCCUGGGACACAAGCGAACAGGCAGCUCUGACAGCAAGGUUUCUCUGGGUGCUUUCUCCUUACUGGGCCGGUCCAAGCAGAGCAACAGUGAGCUGAACAACCUGUGCAUCAACGGCAGCCAUGUGUACACUGAGGAGGCAGAAGCUAAAGCUGGAUCUACCCUCAGUCUGAACAGCUCAGGCCUAGGUUCUGUGGAGGAUGUCCACAAACACACAUCUGAUGCCUCUGCAGAUAUCAAUAAAAGUGUAUCUGUGCCUUUACACAACCAUGAAUCGGCAGAUAAAGCUCUACUGGAGCAACAGCGCCAUCAACAGGAGGAAAAUAGAAGGCAGGCAGAGGAAAAGCGCAUCGCAGAGGCCAAGAGGAUGGAGGAAGAGGAAAAAUAUAGGGCAGAGGCCAAGAGACUGCAGGAUGAAGAACAGCGCAGACAACAGGAGGAGCAGGAGAGGAGAAGAUGUUAUCUUGAGGAUGAAGCAAAGAGGAAAAAACAGGAAGAGGAGGAAAGGAGGAAUGAAGAAGAACGCAUGAGGCUGGAAGCAGCUGAAAGCCACAGGCUUGAAGAAGAGCGCCAAAAAGCAGAGGACCGUAAACGCCAGGAGGAGGCCUCCAUGACUGAAAGGCUGUCAACUCUGUUUGGAAUGAUCAAAAAGAAGAAGGAUGAGGUGCAGCAACAAAGCACAGGUGCGGAGAAUCCUGCAGCAGCCCCUCACACUGACUCCAGAAGCCCUGAUAUACCCAUCUCCCACCACACCACAAAUCCAUUCGACGACAUUCCCCGCUCAGAUCCUCCACCUGCCAGCGAUCAAAGUCUGACUGAUCCUCUAAAUUUCAGUCGUAACCCACAAACACCUUCUGCCAUGGUCUUCCUUAACCGCACCGCUAAAGUGUCUGCAGUCAAACCCAGCAGAUUGCCUCAAAUUUUGGAGGCUGAACCAGCUGACUACCAAAGCCACAGUCAGCCAUGUCCUUCCCCAGCCCAGUCUGAGUCUACCCCCUCUAUUGUUCCAUCCGAGUGCCCUGAUACCUUCUCCAACUUGCACUCAUCAUUGGCUCCGCCUAACGUAAGCCGAAGUCCGUCUGGUUCUCCUCGUGGCAGCACAGAAGACUUAUCGCUGGUUGGAUCCGAGGGAUCUUCAGCCACCAUGGCGGAUCAGAGGAGAAGAUCACCCCUACCACCCUUAUAUUCUGUGCACCGAACCCAGCCUGGAGAAAGUCAUGUUCCUGUCAGAGACUUCAAGAACCCUGCGUAUGUAGAGGAUGAUGGAUCACAACAAAGACAAGUUUCUUUACCGCUUCCAGAUUACAACAUGCUCUUUCCUCAGAAGAGACACGGAGUGCAAGGCCAAACUCAAUGGGACCACCUAGUCUCUGAGCUCAGUCAGAAGCAUAGAGACAGUACACCUGAAUGUAUGGGUCCUGAGAUGAGUGUGGAUGGACCAGUGGAGCAACCAAAUCCUAGGUUGCACGAAACACAGGAGAAUCCUGCUAUCGGGAAACAUCAGGUGACCAAACCUGUGUCGUCGAAAAAAGUAGCAGCCCCUGCUCCACCUAGGCAUGCUUCCUCUCAAGUCUCUCCUUCAGUGGUCGUUUCCAGUGAAAGACAGGGCCAGAAGAUCACUCCACACUCUCUGCUGAGGUCUAGUUCACCUGCAGUCCCAUCAUCUGUACAAACUUCUACCACAAGCAGUGGAACGUCAAAAGAUGGAGGGAGCAAGGGGCUCUAUUCUUCAGCUCCGGCUGCACCUACAACCAGACCACCCAGUGGAUUGGCUGCUGAUACAACCCCAUUAGAUGAACAAAGGAAACCACAAGUUGCCUCAAACAAAGAAGCACCCACAGCAAAACCCAGACAAAGGGUUAGUGGCCAAGAGCCAGCAAACCAGGAGGAAUCUGCUGCGAAGGCGAGCAUCCAAACAUUGUCCAAUUCAAACAUGAGCGGCAUGAAGAAAAGGGAGAGCUUUGAACAGUCUAAUCAGUUUUCCAGCACUGAACACCUAUCUCAAGACUCAAGGGCACAACUACAGCAUGAUCAAGAAGUGGAUAUCUUUUCAGGCAAUCUGCAGAGAGAGCAGAAAUCUGAAAAAAGAGCAGGGAUGCCAGAAAAUUCUGAUAACACCUUUAAUCAAGAAAAAACAGUUGAUCCUUUUGUUCAUUUAAAUAGCAAUGAUUCAGUCAAACUGAGUGAGAGCAGAAAAAAAGAUGAGCAGUCAAACCUGGGCAGUCCUGCCUUUCAAAGGAGGAAUUCAUCGAGAAAGAAGAUUGUCCCAUCCUCAGUUCGCUCCGAGAACAUUUUCCUGCCCCAACAAGAACCGGGAUCUAAAGAGGACACUGCCUCUCCCACAACCAAUCAGGUGGUUUCUGCAAGACGUGCUGCCAAUGCAUUUACCCCACGGCAGCCUGAAAGUCACCUGAAACAACAAAGCAGGUUGUAUGGAAAAGAGGAUCCAUCACCAGCUGAAGCUUUUCCUGCGACUUCAGCUUUUCCUUCCCCACAGCACCUCUCUAACCUUCUGGAGGAACCACCAACACAGGCAGAACAUUUGUCUGGGGGAAAAUCGCUUUUGAAAGCAUGGGUGUCCCCCUCCGAACCUCAUUCUGCCAGUACUCAGAGUAACAAUGGAAGUGGGCUAGGAUUGAGUCCACGCAGGCCUCAUCCAGUGAAGCCCAUGAGUUCCUCUGAGAGCCAGCCCACCAGUUUUCCUGCUGUAAAGGAGAUCAAAGAUUGGGACUCUGCUCCUGGAAAAAUAAAGUUGGAAGAGUCUGUGGAAAGCGGCCCUUACAGUCAGCUGACGACAGAGGAGCUGGUGAAGCUGGUGGUGAAACAGCAGAUGGACCUGUCCAAGAAAGACUCCAAGAUCAAAGAGCUGGAGGAGUACAUCGACAAUCUACUGGUCCGGGUCAUAGAGGAGAAACCCGCCAUCUUGCAGGCUCUCAACAUUGCCAAGCCAGUUUAAGGGAACAGAGAGAACCUGGCUUAUGAAAUUUACUAUGUUUUAUAAAUGUAUUUGUAUUCUUGUCAUUCUACUGAAGGGUAGAAACACGAUGAUUGUCUUUUAAUAUGUGCACUUUUAUUAGUUCUAGAGGUUAACAGGUCUUAAGAGUAUUUUAGCAUCACUAACAAGCAGUAAAGUUUUAUUAUUGAACUAAAAGACAAUAUUAAACUCUAAGGUACAGCUCUUUGGGUUGUUUUAAAGCCUCUAUGAACUUUAUGUAAUAUACUCAAAGGGCAGAGAGCACUAUCCUUUUUAUUUACCUCUUCUCUGACCUUUUUACUCUGAGCUCUGUGUAUUUUACUGCUUCCUUGUGAAUCAUCCCACACCCAUCCUUUCUCAGCUGUUUCACACAUGUGCAUCUUUCUCUCCAAAAGCCUUAAUCAUUACAUUCUUUUUUUUAUUCUUUUUGAAAGCAUCUGUUUUGUUACCAGUAAUGAGCAUUCAACACUUUGUAGCGAACACUGUGGAAUAACACACUGCCUUUUAGUCUUUUCAGUUACAUUUUGCCCAUUGUUGCUUGCAGGGAGCUGUUCAGAAAACCAGUGACUAAAAGCAAGCAGCUACUGCUCUAUGUGUCACAUAUGCUUUUGUUUUAAUGCAUUUAUCCAACCUAUGCACACAGUUUGGGAUAUGAUGAAGCUGUAGAGCAGAAUCCUGCUUUUGUAUAAUUAAUCAAAUGUUUUGAUCACUGUGAUUGUCUGUUUCUAUAUGUAUUUAAUAUUAACCAAAGGUAAUCAGCAGCUAACAUUAAUAAUCCAGCCUUCUCUCAGUCUCAAUGAGAGCCUUAAUAGAGAACUUAUCAGACAUAUUUGCUUUUAUUAUGUAGAGAACUGUGCCGUCAAUACUUUUUAAUGAGUUUUUGAAAAGAUUUGUUGGAUAACGGCUCUUCUUUUUCAUCUCUAGAAUGUAUAACUUGAAGUGUUUAUCUAAUAGGUACAUACAAAUCCUGAAAAUCUGUAUUAUUGAGCUGUUUAGGUUUUAUUUGAAAUAAAGACACUACGCACUACCAGA